AACAUUCGUUUCACAGACGUGUUUACAGGCGGUAUGAAUUGAAGUGAAACCACAUGUCAAAACAUGGAUAAGGACAAGAGUAAAGCUGUCCCGAACGGUCAGCCCGACGCAUUGAGCCUAAUAUCUCCAAAACCGAAGAGUAACUGGCAGAAAAGUUGCAAAGGAAUAGUUGCAGGAGGUAUUACUGGAGGACUAGAGAUCUGUAUUACAUUCCCUACUGAGUAUGUCAAGACACAACUGCAACUUGACGAGCGGUCAGGGGCAUCGAAGCGUUACACCGGACCAGUCAACUGUGUAAAGGUCACUGUCAGCGAACAUGGUGUCCGAGGUUUAUACAGAGGCCUCAGUGUACUGCUGGCAGGCUCUAUACCAAAGUCAGCUGUUAGGUUUGGUGCUUUUGAACAAUUUAAAAGUCUUAAUGUAGAUGAAAAGGGAAAUUUGGCCCCAUCUAAGCGAGCUUUGUGUGGAAUGGGUGCGGGUGUGUGUGAAGCAAUCAUGGCUGUGACCCCUAUGGAAACACUCAAGGUCAAGUUCAUUAAUGACCAAACAUCAGCCAACCCUCGAUUCAAAGGCUUCUACCAUGGCUGUAGUCAGAUAAUCAGGAGCUAUGGUUUUUUCUCACUAUGGCAAGGCCUUACUCCCACCAUCAUUAAACAAGGCAGUAACCAGGCAAUACGUUUUUUUGUCAUGGAGACACUUAAGAACUGGUACCGUGAAGGAGACCCUAAUGUUAAAGUGCCCACCUUGGUCGUGGGCUCAUUUGGUGCUAUAGCUGGGGCUGCCUCUGUAUUCGGAAAUACACCUGUUGAUGUUAUCAAAACUAGAAUGCAGGGCUUAGAUGCUCAUAAGUACAAGAACACGUGGGAUUGUGCAGUGAAGAUAUAUAAACACGAGGGACCUAAAGCAUUUUACAAAGGGACUAUUCCACGACUGAGCAGGGUGUGCCUGGACGUGGCCAUCACAUUUAUGAUUUACGACUCGUUUAUGGAAAUGUUUAAUAAGAUCUGGAAGACGGACUGAUGAAGAACCAAACUAGUGAGGAUGGAAUAGUUACAGUAAUAGCAGUAAAGGAUCAGACACUAUUAGACUAGUCCCCUCCU